GGUAACAAGAAUGUGGUGAUGGUGGCUUCUUCUUGCCUAAUGUGAAAUGAAUACAGUGGUGGACUGGUGAUAGGGGGACACUGGACGGCCAUUAAGGCAAAUAUCUUUUCUUUUUUCUUGCUGACUUUACCCUUUGUCUCCGCCAUUAUUCUUUAAAAAAAAAAGGAAUUUAUGUUUAUUUCCACAGGGAAUUAUUCUUUUUAGUAAUUUCUUUGCAACAAUGAUCAUGAUUCUGGGAAUUGUUAUCCAUCCGAUCCACAUGUCUAGAUGUUAACUUCCGAUCGAGAUUUCAAGUCGGGUUUGAUUUGGAGAAGAUGACGUUUGUUUCUGGAGAUCUGUUGUUGAAUCGGGGCGAUGGGGAGGAUGAUAGCGGUUACGCGAGAUUGAGAUCUUGUGAACCGGAGGAGGAGGAGAGCGGCGAGGGUAAGUCGUCGACGUCUCCAGAUGCGGCGGCUCUGUGCUGGGACCGCGGCGGCGUCCGGCGGUGGUGGUGGAGGUCGGUCUGGUGGUGGGCCAAGCUGAUACUUUUGGGCUUCUCGCUCGGGCUUUUGGCUGCUGUUUUUCUCAAAUGGGUCGCCCCAUUCUUCAUGGACAAGGAAAUCAUACCUAUACUAAAUUGGGAGACAAGAACUUUCAGCACACCAGUCCUUGCACUCAUAGUAUUUGCGUCCGUGGCCCUCUUCCCGACAAUUCUUUUGCCUUCUACUCCCUCAAUGUGGGUGGCGGGCAUGACAUUUGGGUACGGUUACGGGUUUCUACUCAUCAUUGCGGGUGCAUCCGCCGGCGUGUCACUUCCAUUCUUCAUAGGCUUUGUGUUGCAAGACAAAAUCCAGGGUUGGGUAGAGAGGUAUACGAAGAGCGCUUCUAUCAUUAGGUUAGCAGGCGAAGGGGAUUGGUUUAACCAGCUGAGGGCCGUGACGCUGAUUAGAAUCUCUCCAUUUCCUUACAUUGUGUAUAAUUACUGCGCAAUGGCUACCGGAGUCGCUUACGUUCCUUAUUUGAUUGGUUCUUUGAUUGGGUUGGUGCCCGAGAUAUUCGUUGCAAUUUACACUGGCAUUGUGAUAAAGACACUAGCAGAUGCUUCAAAGGAUAGGAACUCCCUAUCAGCUGCACAAAUCAUUUGUACUGUUUUGGGGUUUUGCCUCACAAUGGCCACCACAGUAGUGAUAACCAUUUACGCGAAACGGCGACUGAGGCAAAUGGAGACAGAGGAGAUAUUACUUCUUCAGUGAGUGUUUUUUUAACUGCUGCAAUUGUACAUUCGGCUUUGGCGUCGCAAGUUAACGUAUACCACGGGCUUCGGCUAACUUUUUACCGAGUUCUUGUGAAGUUGUUAUGUUGUACACUAAUGCUACUUUUGGUUCAUGGAAUUAUGAUGGGAAGGAAAAUAUUGAUCCAACUAAAUUUCCAUUAUUUUA